UUCUGAAUCAUUGUCAGGGCAACGCAUCAUAAUGGCUGCCAUCGAAAUAUUUUCGAGUUCUAUUGAUUAUAAGUAUAAAAGUAAAAUAUGUUCUUUAAGCUUUUUCAUUGUAUUAUUACUCAUAAUUUUAUCAUUGAUUACACCACUUUUUAUUAUUUAUAAUACAGGAGGUUUCUUAUUGAAGAAUCGUGUACUCAUGGAAAAACCUGAUGUGUUUUUUAAUUAUAAAUAUUUAUUAUUAGCAAAUAAAGAUUUUAAUACAAAUCCUAUAAUCUGUUCAAGUUUUAAAAUGUACAAGGAUAAUGAAAUUGAAGAUAAUUGUACAUUAAUAAAGGUUCGAGAAAUAGAUACAAAUAUUGAUGGUAAAAACGAUAUUUUAAAGUUUGAGGCACAUUUUUAUACAAAUAAACCUAUAAAGUCUCUUAAACUUUUACUUUUCUUUAAUUUUCAAUUAAAGCAAUUGUUUGAUGCAACAAUAGAAUCUAUUGCAUUCUUUACUCAUGUAUUAAAUGAAGAAGUUCAAAAAAUACAGUUUUAUGGAGAUUUAGUAUUGCAACAAAAAGGUCUUCUUACUAGUGAAGGCUUAUAUGAAGUAUAUAAUCAUAGUUUGGAAAUUGCUGAUUAUUCUUUGAAUGAAGUACUUAUGCAAAAUUUUAAUAAAAAAUCAAAAAUAAAUAAUAAAUAUAUAAGUGAACAAAUAGGUAAUGUAAAUGAAAAUAUAAUAGUCAUUCAAGGAGAAUUAUUUUAUAGAGAACAUUUAAUUUAUUAUCAGCCUAAUAUUUUGGAAGAAUUAAAGUGGAUAUGGGUGCAGUAUUUUUCUACUUUUCUUGUUUUUGCUUAUGUAGCAAGACAUAUUUUAAUUUUUUUAUUUUCAAAUCGAUAUUUGAAUUGUUAUAUAAUAAUACCAUGGAAAAAUAAAUAAUAUUGUGUCAAUACUGGAAAAAUCAUGUCCACAAGAUCGAAAGAGAAAGUGGUGGCUGCUUUCCGAAAAUUUUUUCGAUCUUCAGAGAAGAUUUCGGAACAAGAUGGAGCAAGUAGUUCGACGAGUUCACCAUCGAGAAGGCUUUUAAGUCGGCAUCGUCCGGAUGCAGUUACUCCCACUGAUGGUGCAUUGUCGGAUAAUCCGGGUGUUAGCAAUUCCAAUCAUGGCAGUUGUUUCUUCAAAUCGAAAAAAACCACUAAUAAUUCUACGCAGGGAACCAUGGCGAUGCCGGAUAAAAGAGUACGUUUACGUCGUUUAAUGAAAGAGCUUAGUGAGAUUCAAAGAAUGCAGCAUCGACUCGAAUCGACUUUCACUGCAGAAUUGGUAAAUGACAAUUUAUUCGAAUGGCAUGUGAGACUACACAAGAUUGAUCCGGAAAGUGAACUGGCUGCAGAUAUGAGAGAGCUCAAUAUACCUUAUAUACUUCUUCACGUGGUAUUUCCGGAGAAUUUUCCGUUUGCGCCACCUUUUAUGCGUGUUAUUUCGCCAAGAAUUGAAAAAGGAUUCGUGAUGGAAGGAGGUGCAAUUUGUAUGGAACUUCUUACACCUAGAGGCUGGGCUAGUGCAUAUACUAUUGAAGCUGUAAUCACACAAUUUGCAGCUAGUAUUGUUAAAGGCCAGGGUCGUGUAGCGAGAAAACCAAAAACGAACAAAGAAUUUAACAGACGUUCCGCAGAAGAAUCUUUCAGAAGUUUAGUAAAAACGCACGAGAAAUAUGGUUGGGUUACACCGCCGCUUGCAGAAGGUUGAUCUACUAGAUCAUUUGAAAAAUAAAAGACUUCGUUGUAUUUAAAAAAAGUAUACAUAUAUAUAGGUUAUAAAUGUGACUUUCGAGUCGGUAUCAUUAUAUUCUUUUUCCGUUCGGUAAUAAUAAUAAUAUAAUUAUA